AUGACCGUCCGCGAUGCCUUGAACGCUGCCUUGGAGGAGGAAAUGAUUGCUGACGAGAAGGUCUACCUGAUGGGUGAGGAAGUCGGUCAGUACAACGGAGCCUACAAGGUCUCCAAGGGUCUUUUGGACAAGUUUGGCCCCAAGCGCGUGAUCGAUACCCCCAUUACCGAGUCUGGAUUCUGUGGUCUCGCUGUCGGAUCUGCCUUUGCUGGAUUGAAGCCCGUCUGCGAGUUCAUGACCUGGAACUUUGCUAUGCAGGCCAUUGAUCAGAUCGUCAACUCUGCCGCCAAGACCCACUACAUGUCUGGCGGUAACGUCACCUGUCCCAUCACCUUCCGUGGCCCCAACGGCGCUGCUGCCGGUGUCGCUGCCCAGCACUCGCAGUGCUUUGCUGCCUGGUAUGGAUCUGUUCCCGGUCUUAAGGUCGUCUCUCCCUGGAACUCUGAGGAUGCCAAGGGUUUGUUGAAGGCUGCUAUUCGCGACCCUAACCCUGUCGUUGUUUUGGAGAACGAGCUCAUGUACGGCGUUCACUUCCCCAUGUCCGAGGCUGCGCUGUCGAAGGACUUUGUGAUUGAGAUUGGCAAGGCCAAGGUCGAGAAGGAGGGCUCGGACCUUACCAUUGUUGCCCACUCGCGCUCGGUCGGAUUCGCAUUGGAGGCUGCUGAGCUUUUGGAGAAGGAGGGUGUCUGCAAGGUUGAGGUCAUCAACCUGCGCUCGAUCCGUCCUCUCGAUAUCGACACCAUCAUCAAGUCUGUCAAGAAGACCAACCGCUUGGUGACCGUUGAGGGAGGCUGGCCUCAGUACGGAGUUGGAUCCGAGAUCUGUGCUCAGAUCAUGGAGAGCGAGGCCUUUGACUACCUGGAUGCUCCUGUUGUCCGCGUUACCGGUGCUGAUGUCCCUACCCCAUACGCUCAGAACUUGGAGACGUUUGCCUUCCCUGACACAGAGGUCAUUGCCCGCGUUAUCAAGCGCACCCUCAACAAGAAGAUCGGUGCUUAA